GUGUGUUUGUAUGGAUGGAUUCACGUGUGCGUGUGUGAUCUCUUAUAAUAAUAGCGCGUGUGUUUCCAGACGGGCCAAAAUGAGCAACGACUACGAGGCAUCAGUCACCCCCAGCUGGCUGACAUCUGACCCCACUGUCUGGUCCAGCAGCAGAGACGGAUUCACAGAUAACGCCACUUACCCACCUAUGGGCUCCUUCCCCCCACUGCCCCCUCUCCUGGUCAAUCCCUGGGACAUCUUGCUGUGCUCCUCAGGCACCCUCAUCGCCUGUGAAAACGCCCUGGUGGUACUGGUGAUCUGGCAGAACCCGGCUCUGCGUGCCCCCAUGUUCCUGCUGAUCGGCAGCCUGGCCCUGGCUGACCUCCUGGCUGGUCUGGGCCUGGUGCUCCACUUCACCUUGGCCUACCUGCUGAGGUCUGACUCGGCCCAGCUGCUGACUGUUGGUCUGGUGGUGGCCUCCUUCUCAGCCUCCGUCUUCAGCCUGCUGGCCAUCACCAUAGACCGUUACCUGUCACUCUACUACGCCCUGACCUACAACUCAGAGCGCACUGCCGCCUUCACCUACACCAUGCUUGUCCUCCUCUGGGGCCUGUCUCUCUGUCUGGGCCUACUUCCCGUCACAGGGGUGAACUGCCUGGCAGAGGAGUCGACGUGCAGCGUGGUGCGCCCCCUGACUAAGAACAACGUGGCGGUGCUGUCCGUAUCCUUCCUCCUGCUGUUCGGCCUCAUGCUGCAGCUGUACGUGCAGAUCUGUAAGAUCGUCAUGCACCACGCCCACCAGAUCGCCUUGCAGCAUCACUUCCUGUCCGCCUCGCCCCACUACGUCACAACCAGGAAUGGCGUGUCCACGCUGGCCAUUAUCCUGGGAACGUUCGCCGCCUGCUGGAUGCCCUUCACCGUCUACUCACUAGUCGCCGACUACACGUACCCACCUCUCUACACAUACGCCACCCUGGUGCCCGCCACCUACAACUCAGUCAUCAACCCAGUGAUCUAUGCCUUCAGGAACCAGGACAUCCAGAAGGCUCUGUGGCUGGUGUGUUGUGGCUGUAUACCGGCCAGGGUGGCCCACAGGACCCGGACCCCUAGCCACGUCUGACCCAGACCCAGGUCCCGGGAGGGAAGGAGAGAGGUGCCCUGGGCAGAGGGAGGAAGGCAGACA